AUGAUCCGAGGAAUUAUAUCCAAGAUGCCGUUCAAGAGUAUUAAGGCCCGCCAGAUCUUUGACUCGCGCGGUAACCCUACCGUUGAGGUUGACUUGGUGACCGACCUGGGACUGUUCCGUGCCGCCGUUCCAUCUGGAGCAUCCACCGGUGUCCAUGAGGCGCUGGAGCUGCGUGACAACGAAAAGGCCAACUGGCAUGGCAAGGGUGUCCUGAAGGCGGUUGAGAACAUCAACAAGGUCAUCGCCCCGGCCGUGUUGGGUUCUAACCUUUGCGUUACUCAGCAGAAAGAGCUCGAUGAGCUGAUGCUGAAGCUUGACGGAACCGAGAACAAGUCGAAGCUCGGUGCCAACGCUAUUCUGGGUGUUUCGUUGGCCAUCUGCAAGGCCGGCGCUGCCAAGAAGGGUGUCCCGCUGUACAAACACAUUGCUGACCUGGCUGGCAAUGCCAACAUCAUCCUGCCGGUACCGGCCUUCAACGUCAUCAACGGUGGUAGCCACGCCGGCAACAAGCUGGCCAUGCAGGAGUUCAUGAUCCUUCCGACCGGUGCGUCGUCCUUUACCGAGGCGAUGAAGAUCGGCAGCGAGGUGUACCAUCAUCUGAAGAACGUCAUCAAGGCCAAGUUCGGGCUGGAUGCGACGGCUGUCGGUGAUGAGGGUGGUUUCGCCCCCAACAUCUUGGAAAACAAGGAAGCACUGAACCUGAUCCAGGACGCCAUUGCGAAGGCCGGCUACACGGGCAAGGUCGAGAUUGGCAUGGAUGUUGCUGCGUCUGAGUUCCACAAGGAUGGCAAGUACGAUCUGGACUUCAAGAACCCGAAAUCGGAUGCCAGCGCUUGGUUGGCACCGGAUGCGCUGGAACAGCUGUACCAAGGCUUCAUCAAGGACUUCCCGAUCGUCAGUAUUGAGGAUCCGUUCGAUCAGGAUCACUGGGAUGCGUGGAGCAAGAUCACUGCCAACACCACGAUCCAGAUCGUCGGUGACGAUUUGACCGUUACCAACCCGAAGCGUAUUGCUACGGCCGUUGAGAAGAAGGCUUGCAACUGUCUGCUGCUGAAGGUCAACCAGAUCGGUUCGGUUACGGAAUCGAUCAAUGCGCAUCUGCUGGCCAAGAAGAACGGCUGGGGUACCAUGGUUUCGCAUCGUUCCGGUGAGACCGAGGACACGUUCAUUGCCGAUCUGGUGGUGGGUUUGAGCACUGGCCAGAUCAAGACCGGUGCCCCGUGCCGAUCGGAGCGUUUGGCUAAGUACAACCAAAUUCUGCGCAUCGAGGAGGAGCUCGGUGCCGGUGCGAAGUUCGCCGGUAAGAGCUUCCGCCAUCCGCAGUAAACGUUCUGUCGGAGUUGUUUCCACCCGUUGU